AUGGUGAAUAGACGUGAUGAGCAUGGAGUGGGGGCGGAUGCAUUUGCAUUGAUGCUUGCAUCGUUUGCAAGCAAGGUGUGCAUGGAGAAUGAAGGGAACAGCAGGAGGAAGCUGUUUGAAGUAGGAAGGCGGAUUGGCGAACGGAUGUCGGACGACUUCUUUAUGUUUGCAAAGCCUAUACGCCAGAUGGAUGUUGACGAGGUGAUAGAGAGUGUGUCGAAGUGUUUUUUUCCGCUGUACUUUUCGUACACGCCGAGAGUUGACGUGUGCUUUAUCACACUGGAAGGCUUUUGCGUGCUGAAGUACAGCAGGAAGGCUGAGGAGUGCAUUGAGAUUCUGUGUGGGAUUCUGCAAGGAGUUUAUUGCAGUGUUUCUAGGCAAGAUGUUGUGUUUGAGGUUGGCCUGAGAAAGAAUGAGCAUUGCAUUGCUGUGAGAGCAGAGAAGGAAAGAAAAGCGCCCGUUGUGGUUGGAAUAGACAGUGCUGCAAAGAGAAGCGGCUAG